GCAAAUGAUAGGAACCUUAAGCGAGACUCUAAAACUACAACGUUUGGGAAACUUAAUCGUAGUAUGUCAAUAUGCGUAGCGGUAUUGGAUGAUUUCAACGAGAGAACAUCAGGUAUUAGGUUUACUUUCCCAGGUACUAUUACGUAGCAGUAGACUUGAUAGACAAUUUCCCCCUUGAUAGUUACGGUUUCCAAUCAAAGUGAGCGUAGAAAGUUGAAAGGAGACAGACAAUUUAAUAUAUCGCUGUCAAAUAAAUCUCGAACUUUAUGAGUGUACCUGCGAAAGCUUCAAAAGAAAAACGCAUCGAAUCGAUAGGCAUACAGAAUACCAUAGUGCAGAUUUAUCACUGUAUAUUGAAAUAGGAUUAUUCAGUGCUCACUACAGAAAAAUUCAAAAUGUUUCUGGUGCAGAAUCAGUUUUAUGUUAAUUCCACAAAUCAUGGCGACUCCGAACUACAUUUAGGAGCGGAAUUAGGAAACCGUAUUGUGAUAGUCGCAUCGACAUUAUUCGUGCUUUCCCUGGUUGCUAACCUAGUUUCAAUGCUUGUGAUAAAAUGUGAGAUUGGAACAACAAGAUGCCAGAAUCUGUUGUAUCUAAACGUAUGUAUAACACUGAUAUUGACAUCUGUGUCAUAUUAUUCCAACAUUAUAGUCACCAUUUAUUCCAACUCUAACAUUGAGCAAAUGGCAAAAAAUGAAUCGGGUCAGCUAACAAAGGAGGCGUUAGACCGUUUGAUUCUAAUAGCGUCGACAACCAAAAUUGCUUGCCAUUCGUGUUUUGCGCUAUUUGGAUGCGCCACUGCAUUAGUGUUAGUUGGAUUCAGUAUUCUACAAUUUAUGGUGUUGGCUGAUCAAAACAGACGACCAGGCAACCGACGAAGUAAACGCCGCGUUGAUGAGCGUUCCGUCAGAGUUCACGACAAUGUCGUUUAUCUUCGUCGACGCAAAAGUAGCGUUGCGUUUUUUCGUUUACGUGCCAAUGUUCAAGGAUAUCUCGUAUUAGCAUGGAUAACGUCCUAUAUGUUAGGUAUACCUAAUCUAUGUCAUCUUCAUGUAUACGACGUAAAUAUAUACGUGGACUGGUGCAUGACGUGGGAUUACGUAUGGUUUAUAUUUACACUGGUGUUGUCAUUAGUGACGUUACUUCUUUACGUCGUGUCGUAUUUACGUUACUACCGAUGUUGUUCAACUCCACGCUACGUGAACAAAAAUGACGGUUUCCAGAGACUUAAAACGUUAGUGUUUAUGUUCCUGACGUUUGACGUAACACUGGUACCCUAUAUGGUAAUGAGAUAUAACGUGAAUUCAAUUAUUUCAACGAACUUGUUGACGCAAGGGGUUCCCAUGGAUAUCUCAUUGUAUACGCCUUUAGUUGGAACACUGUUAUUACCCAUCAUCUAUUCACUAAGGACAAAGGAUAUAAAAAUUGGAUUUGGAAAAUGCUAUAAAAAACUUUCUAUUUAUAAUCCCUCGACGAAUGGUGUUCCCUCAAGUGUCCCAGAAAAUUCAAGUAGUAGCAAUUUGAAUUUGGCGAUUCCUGGUUGUGAGAAUCACGAUAACGAAGACAGUAGCACAUCAAACAAGGAGGCCGUAACAGUCCUGCUUUAGUGGGCCAUUGGGCCAAUUUAGGAAACAAUAGUCAUAUAUAAUAUACAUGGCGUGCCAAAAACGUGUCCACUUUAGGAAUAUAUAGUUGUAUAAUUGAUUCCUGCAUAUCCUGUCAAAGGUUUAUGGAAAUCAUCAUGCAGUUUCGAUAAUGUUUUGUAGAAAUAGAAAAUGUGGACGUUUUUGGCCCACCCUGUCAAUUGUAGUCUUGACAAGCAACAAGCAAACAAACACCAUUAAUACAUUAUCCCGACACCUAGGGCCUUUACAAAUACUCUUCCAGGAUUGUUUUUCUGAAAAACUGUACCAUUCCAAAAAUGAAAUUACCUUGCAUAGAAUGUGGCUUGUAUGCUAAGUAAUAUAUGGAAUUUUAUAAAUGAC